UUUCCGUUAUGCGUUGCCUUUGGUUACGGAUCUAGUUCAGCCUUGCAUUGGCAUACAAGAUGUGUGAUGCAAUACUUUCUCUUUUUGUUUACAAAAUAAUGCUGAUCAUUAGUUUAUGGCGUACGAUGGUAUUACUGAUUUGUCAGAAAGUUAGUAAUUGGAGCUGGAGUAGAACGAAAUUAAACAUAAAUUUACUCUUUCGAAACUCUUCCUCCGUUGCUAAAAAAAAGCAGUUAGUUAUCUUAGGAAGUGGAUGGGGGAGUUACAGUGUUUUGAAAAACAUAAAAAAAGAUUUGUAUGAUGUCAAAGUUGUAACCCCACGAAACCACUUUCUGUUUACUCCUUUGCUAUGUAGUACUGCUGUAGGAACUCUUGAGUUUAGAUCAAUCAUUGAACCUAUAAGAAAUAUAGGCUUUGAAGAUGCUCGAGAUUUUAUGCUUGCUCAUGCGGAGGAGUUGGACAUACUAGAUAAAACUGUUAUUUGUAGAAGCGUGUUAGAUCCAAGUGAUACAUUUUCUAUUCGGUAUAAUAAGUUGGUUAUUGGUGUAGGCUGUUUGAGCAAUACUUUUGGUGUUCCUGGUGUCGAAAAACAUGCCUGUUUUCUAAAGGAAAUUGCAGAUGCCCAGAAAAUUCGUAAAACCAUUUUGUCUAACUGCGAGAAAGCAUUAUGUUCAUCUCUAACUAAAGAGGAAAGUGAGCGACUUCUUCAUACAGUUAUUGUUGGUGGUGGGCCGACUGGUGUUGAAUUUGGAGCUGAAUUGUAUGAUUUUAAAGUCAAGGAUGUUAGAAGGUUAUACAAGCAUAGUGAAGAUUUGUUUAAAGUAACUUUAAUUGAAGCCACCAAUAUUUUGGGAAGUUUUGACACAAAGUUAAGAUCUUACGCCGAGAAAAAACUUAGUGAACGUCUGAACUUUUCUCUACUUAAAUCUUCCGUUGUAGAAGUAAAAGAAGAUUGUGUAAUUCUAAAAGAUGGUACUAGUUUACGGUGUGGCUUAGUUGUAUGGAGUACUGGUUUAAGUCCUAGAGCUUUCACUCAACGUCUUGAUUUACCAAAAAACAAUAAAGGACAAAUUUUGACUGAUGACUUCUUGAGAGUCGUGGGUGGUCCAUCUGGGGAUGUUUUUGCCAUAGGAGAUUGUGCAGAAAUAGAAUCAUGUCCUCUGCCUUGCACUGCACAGGUUGCUGAACGUCAAGGAAGGUAUUUAACUGACAGUUUGAAUGGAGUAACAAAAAAACCAUUUCAUUUUCAAUCAUUAGGCAUGCUAGCAUAUAUAGGAGAUUAUAAAGCUGUGACUGAUUUACCAGAUUUAAAAGUACAAGGUUUCACAUCCUGGAUACUUUGGAGAUCCGCUUAUUUAACAAGGUUAGGUUCCUGGAGGCUAAGAAUGCAAGUUCCCAUUGAUUGGUUGAAAACUUUACUUUUUGGCAGAGACACAUCAAAUUUUCAUUAAAUAGAUGUUAAAACGUU